AUGGCUCUCGAUGUACUGGCUGCCUCCAUGUCUGUCUUCGUGUGCAAGUUUCACAACUUGCUUGGGCCGUGGCGAGCCUAUGGUGAAAUCUACCGAUUAUCAUUCCCUGGCAGGACUGUGGUUGUGGUUUCGACAAAUGCUCUGGUCAAUGAAGCUUGCGAUGAGAAGCGCUUCAAUAAAAGGAUAGAUACAACGUUGAAUGAAGUCAGGAACGGUGUGCAUGAUGGUCUCUUCACAGCCAAGCCAGAGGAGCCGAACUGGGGCAUCGCCCACCGGGUCCUCAUGCCUGCAUUCGGCCCAAUGUCGAUUAAGGGGAUGUUUGACGAGAUGCACGAUAUCGCAAGUCAGCUCGCCAUGAAGUGGGCGCGUCAUGGUCCCGAGACGCCGAUUAUGGUCACAGACGACUUCACUCGACUGACUCUGGACACAAUCGCUUUGUGUGCCAUGGACUAUCGUUUCAACUCGUAUUACCACGACGAGAUGCACCCCUUCAUCGAAGCGAUGGGUGCUUUUCUCACGGAGUCCGGAAGUCGAACAAGACGGAUGCCGUUCUCGUCAAUAUUCUACCGUGAUGUUGACCGAAAGUACCAGGAGGACAUCGACUUGAUGAGAAAGACAGCCGAUGAUGUGCUCAAGACCAGGAAAGAGCAUCCGACCGGCCGCAAGGACCUCCUCGCGGCCAUGCUUGCAGGUGUCGACCCGAAGACGGGCGAGAAGAUGACUGAUCAAAGCAUCACGGACAAUCUGAUUACGUUCCUAAUUGCCGGACAUGAGACUACGUCUGGCCUCCUGUCAUUUGCUUUCUACCAAUUACUCAAGCACCCGGAGGCAUACCAAAAGGCACAAAAGGAGGUCGACGAAGUGAUCGGAGAUGGUCCAAUCACCGCUGAGCACAUGAACAAACUGCCUUAUAUUGCUGCGAUUCUCCGAGAGACACUUCGUCUUAAUUCCACGAUCCCAGUAAUAGUUGUCAUGCCGAACAAGGACGAAAUCCUUGGUGGCAAGUAUCUCGUGAAGGAGGGAGAGCCGGUGGUAAUGCUAUUCUCUAAGGCACAUCUUGACCCCGUUGUGUAUGGAGAGACUGCGACUGAAUUUGUCCCCGAGCGCAUGCUCGACGAGAAUUUCGAGCGCCUGAACAGGGAAUUCCCGAAUAGUUGGAAGCCGUUUGGUAAUGGCAUGCGAGCCUGCAUCGGUAGGCCUUUUGCCUGGCAAGAAGCCCUCCUUGUCGUGGCAAUGCUCCUCCAAAACUUCAACUUUACGCUCGACGAUCCAAGCUACCACCUACAUAUAAAGCAGACAUUGACUAUCAAACCGAAAGACUUCUACAUGAGGGCGAGAUUAAGACAUGAUCUUACACCUUUGCAACUAGAACACCGCCUAGCAGGAUCCUCCGCUCCUAGCACACCAAUCGGCAAGUACGGCGUCAAAUUCCCCAAAUCCGUCAACGGAGUGAACGGAGUGAACGGCGUCAAUGGAGCAAAGCACUCGCAAGGCAAGCCCAUGAGUAUCUACUAUGGAUCGAACAGCGGCACAUGCGAGUCCUUGGCCCAGCGGCUCGCUUCCGACGCUGCCAGUCAUGGCUUCACUGCAACUACAGUCGAUUCUCUAGACGCUGCAAACCAGAAACUACCGACAGAUCGACCAGUUGUCAUCAUCACUGCUUCAUACGAGGGAGAGCCACCCGACAAUGCCGCGCACUUUGUGGCAUGGCUACGUGGUCUCAAGGGCAAGGAGUUAGAGAAUGUGUCUUACGCAGUGUUCGGAUGUGGACACCACGACUGGGCACAGACGUUCCACCGCAUUCCGAAGCUGGUGGACACGACUAUUGACGGGCUCGGCGGCAAGCGCAUAGCACCUAUUGGUCUCACCGACGCAGCUGAGGGUGACAUGUUCACGGACUUUGAGACAUGGGAGGACGAAACGCUGUGGCCAGCCAUGGCCGAGCUCUACGGUGUGGCAGAUUCAGCUGAAGCGGAUACUUUUCAGCCUAGCCUAUCGGUAGAGGUGUCGACGCCACGGUCAUCUACUCUGCGCCAAGAUGUCAAGGAGGCCAUUAUUAUCGAAACCAAGACACUCACUUCGCCAGACGCGCCGCCCAAAAAGCACAUUGAGAUCCAGCUACCGAGCGAUCAGCAUUACUCUGCGGGUGACUACCUCGCCGUGCUCCCUCUGAAUCCAAAGGAAGUUGUCUACAGGGCUAUGCGACGCUUCCAGCUGGCCUGGGAUGCAUAUAUCACUAUAUCUGCCCAAGGACGGACAACUUUACCCACCAAUACCUCGAUACCAGCUCAGGAUGUGCUGGGAGCUUACGUUGAGCUAGCGCAGCCUGCAACGAAGAGAAGUAUUUUGGCUUUGACUGAGGCUACGAAGGAUGAAGGAACAAAAGAGGCCUUGCAGCAAUUAGCAUCUGACAAGUACAGCUCCGAUAUUAGCGCAAAGCGUGUCUCGGUCCUAGAUCUCCUAGAGCGCUUCUCGUCGAUCGACCUACCAUUUGGUAGUUUCCUGUCUCUUCUGCCACCUAUGCGGGUGCGACAAUACUCAAUUUCCUCGUCUCCAUUAUGGAACCCGUCACAUGUCACCUUGACAUAUUCCGUACUUGAUGCUCCAGCUCUCUCGGGCACAGGACGUCAUGUCGGUGUUGCAUCAUCUUAUCUCUCCUCACUCUCCGCAGGGGAUAAGCUGCAUGUCUCUAUUCGUCCUUCCCACGCCUCCUUCCACCUUCCCAUUGACUCAGAACGCACUCCAGUUAUCUGCAUUGCCGCAGGCUCUGGUCUAGCGCCUUUCCGAGGCUUCAUCCAAGAGCGUGCUGCAAUGCUUGGCGCCGGCCGUACCCUAGCUCCCGCGUUACUCUUCUUUGGCUGCCGCAACCCAGAGCAGGAUGACCUAUACCGGGCUGAGCUCGACCGGUGGGAGAAGAUGGGCGCGGUCGAGGUGCACCGAGCUUACAGCCGGAAGCCAGAGGCAAGCGAGGGAUGCAAGCACGUGCAAGACAGAAUUUGGCACGACCGCAAGGCAGUCGGGGAGCUAUGGCAGAAUGGUGCCAAGGUGUUCGUGUGUGGAUCAAGAAGCGUGGGCGAGGCAGUCAAGCAGACGGCUAUUAAGCUGUAUAUUGAGCUGGCAAAAGAGGAUGGAAGGGACCUUACUGAUGAAGAGGCUGUGAAGCUGUUUGAAAGUGUGAGGAACGAAAGAUAUGCGACGGAUGUAUUUGAUUAA